AUGAAUCAUCGGCGCCGGAGGGCCGUUUUACGAGAUCCUCGCUUCUCAAAAGAAGCGUUUAGUGCCUUCAGCUCAGUUGAUGCCUACAUCCAGGCUGCUCGGGAUGGUCUUAACAGGGCCACGGAGAAGCAUUUAAAAGAUGUACAGGUUCUGACGGAGAAGAACAAUCUGCUAGGCCAAGAGCUAGAAAAAUGUCGGACACAGCUAACUGUUGCAACCACCGAACUGGAAGAGUCCAAGAAGGCGUCAUCUGUGAAGCUGAAAGCCGCUCAAAUGGGCGAGAAAGAGGCGAAAAGGCUACACGCCGCAGGCGAGCGCGUUCUGACCCGAGUUAGAGAGGCGAAAAACAAGCUCCAGGAUCAAAACAUCCAGUUGGGCGAGGAACUGAAAGAUGUGCGGGCCCAGCUGGCCGACUCCAUUAAGGAGAAUGAAAUGUUGCGAGGCGGCAUAUUCAGUAUGUGGCCGAACUUACCUUAUGAUAGUUCGGAGAUGCAAGGAACUGAUAGAUCUCCGGUGAGGACCCCGGUCCUCCUCUCCUCCUCGCCUCAUAGCGUCGGGCCGCGCGCGCUCACCGUAGCCGCCGCCCGGUUCGGUCCCCGCUCCGGCUGCUCGCUCCCCCCGCACGCUGCAUCUCCUGCUGCUGCCGCACUUGCACUGCUGCCCCGCUCACGCCCCGGGCCGCGUCCAAGCUCGUCGCCCGCGUCGUCCCGCUGCCCCGCGCUCUGGCCGCGCCUGGCUUUGCCCUCCUCGCCACUGCUCCACCCGGUCACCGCGACCCCGCCCCGCCCGGCGUGUCACCUCGCGCGCUCGCGCCCGUGCUGUGGCCGGCUACCGCGUGCUACUGCUUCUGCGGCUGCGCCGUCCCCGCUCCUCGUGACCACCACCGUGCCACCGCCCACGCCUCACCCGCCUGCUCCCCUCGCCCGCGCUGGCCUCGCCCACGCCGGCCUGGCGACCUGCCAGGUCCGCCGCCCUUCCCCCACGCCCCUGGGCAUACACCCGCUCGGGCCGCGCCCAGCGCCCGCACCCGCGUCGCCUGUUUGGGCAGCCCCCGCGGCACCCGAACCCACUAUGGCCCUUAGGGCCCAUGACAGCUGGGCCCCGCCCCUAUGA